UGCACAAGACUUUUGAAUUGCAUCAAUGCCUUACCCUAGGGUCCUCACUCCACGCACUUUCACUCUCAUCACAGCGAUGUCGCUUGGUGGAGGUUACUUGAUGAUCAAGUCAAAAUCGUUGGCGGAGAAGCAGAGGGAGAGAGCUGCUGGUGAUUACAGUGUGACGGUGGACAGAUCAGGCGGUGGCAUUUGAAUGAUAAGCAAUGUUACGGCUUACGAUCAUAUCACGCGAAUAAUUUGAACGGAUUCGAGCAAGUUCACACAGAAACUCCGUUGCUGUUGGUGAUCAUUCUGUACACAACGUUGACAGUAUAGUGCCCUAAUGCCUGCAUUGAACAAGUCUCAACUUCAUGUAUGCUUUCGGAAGAGCACAAUCGUGUCAGAGAUCUUCCAACCAGAGCUUUCGUGAUUCUUGAAGCUCAAGAUCUAAUCCUGGGAGUGGCUUACUCAGUUCAGUUAGCCCUUGC